UUAUCUUUUCCUCACAGGAAAACAUCCAAAUAGGGCGGAAAUGGCUUCUCUUAAACCAGCACUUGCUCUUCUAUGCGGGAUUUUGCUGUGUUUUUUGGUUCAGGUUUCUUUGGCUGCUAAGGUCAGGCAUCACAAAUGGGCAGUGGAAUACAUGUUCUGGUCACCGGACUGUGUGGAACAUGUGGUGAUGGGCAUCAACGGCCAGUUUCCCGGACCAACGAUCAGAGCCACCGCCGGAGACACCAUUGUUGUUGAGCUCACAAACAAACUGUACACUGAGGGAGUUGCAAUCCCGCCAGAGAAGUACGAUGAGAGUUACGACGUUAUGAAGCCGGCGGUGAACCAAAACGCCACAUACGGAAAUGGAGUGUACGUUUUCGACUUAAACUCCACUGUCGACGUGAUCCUUCAAAACGCCAAUGCUCUGACUAACGGCACCAGCGAGAUUCACCCUUGGCACCUCCACGGCCAUGACUUUUGGGUGCUGGGGAACGGCGAAGGGAAGUUCACGGAGGCUGACGUGAAGAAAUUCAACCUGAAGAAUCCGCCGUUGAAAAACACUGCGGUGAUCUUCCCUUUCGGAUGGACGGCGUUGAGGUUUGUGGCAGAUAAUCCCGGAGUUUGGGCGUUCCACUGCCACAUUGAGCCGCACCUUCACAUGGGAAUGGGGGUGGUGUUCGCCGAAGGAGUACAGAAAGUGGGGAGAAUCCCUAGCUCCGCUCUCGCCUGCGGCAUGACGGGGAGGAGGGUAGCCAACAAGAAUUAACGAUUGAUGAAACUGAGAAGAUGAAUAACUCGUGUACUCGGCAUAGAUAGUUUCUUUGAGUUCUAAAAAUUAACUUUUUGUUUUUGACUAGAAUUUUCUAUAGGUUUAGAGUGCAUGCACUCUUAAUUAUACAUUUUUUUAUUAAUGGUUAUGUAAAAUGUAAAAGUUUAAUUUAAUUUUAUAAAUUAUUUAAUUCACA